GACCGGUCCCUGGUGCUGUGCCGCCCCCUCCCGCAGUGCCCUCCCCCGGCUGUGUGUACGUGCAGGCCGCUAGGCAGUGAUGGCGGACAGUCGGAGGAUCGUUUCCUCAUUCCUGUGACAAGAAAACCUCAAAUAAAAACCGGUUUUUGUUUCAUUGUUAUCGGCAGAAGUCUGAGCUGAGGAAGCGUCGUGUUUUCAGGAUCUUUUUCGUGGUGUUUUACCGUCACUGAGUCAGCAGCAUGAGGAUGCCGUCGGCGGAAGCGGCAGCGAGCGGGAUGAAGCAAUGCUUACUGGCUCAGGAUCAGCUAGAGGGCGCCAUCAGCGGCGUGAUGAAGGCCGAGCAGCAACUGAGAGACAACGCCCGAGAGGUGCGUGCGGAGCUGCAGAGCUGUGUGAGUCGUCAGCAGGAGGCUUUACGCUGCAGAGAGGUUUGGCUGCUCGGUCAGAUCGAGCUGCUGGAACAACUGAAGACUGAAACUCUGCAGCAGCAGCUGCACCGACUCCACUGGCUCCGCGGUCAGUUCGACGUGAUCGCCCACCAGCUGCAGAACUCCAACAGCAGCCACGACCUGAGCAACCAGCUGACCAGCUGCAUGGAGAAGUUGUCCUCUCUGAGUCUGACGCCAGAAGAAACACCUGAGAUGAGUUUCCAAGCCGACACCCGCUCUCUGAGGCAGGCCAUCACCUCGUUCGGCAGUGUCACCGCACAGCUUGUGGAGGGCGUGUCCUCUCAGAGCCCCGCCCACCAGAGAACUCAGGUGCAGAGUUGUCCCGUCGCCGCCAAGAAACAGAAGAUGGACUCCGGCGCUCUGAGCGACUGGCUGCUGGGAACUCGUCCAGCAAGCAGCGCUCCCAUUGGCUACCAGUCCAGCAAGAACCCUCAGGAUUGGCUGGUGUCUCACAGGGAGAGCAAGGCUUCCUGUCCCGUCCUGGCCUCGGUGGACUUCCUGAAGGCCUGGGGUCAGCUCCGGGACCUGGAGGCGUGGCUCCUGCAGGACCAGACGCCCGUCAGCAGGGAGAGGACCAACAGCAGCUGCAGCUCCUCCUUCUCCAUCGAGAAGAUCGACGAAUCAGAGUUCACUGAGACCCCCGAGGAGGAGGAGGAGGAGGAGGAGGAGGAGCUGAACGACUGGCUCAUCACCCCGCCCGCCGACGCCAUGGAGACGAUGUGUGACGCCGAGCGAUGGCGGCGGGUGUUGAAGCCAUUUGAGGAAAGCUGGUUGUGCAAUGAUUGGCUGGUCGGGUCGAGCCGUCCCGCCGCCGACUGCUCCUCCUGCUGCCAGACCACCAAAGCCCUGGAGAUCGAGAACCUGGGCCAGCUCAAGUGCCUGAAGACCCCGCCCACCUCCAGCCCCGCCACCCCGACCUCUCCAGCACCUGCAGCCCUGACAACGGCCCCGGUGAUGGUCCUUGCGGCCCCGGCAACCACCCUGGAGGCGUGGCUGCAGCAGACGGUGCCGGUCCAGAAAGCCUGCCGGGCCAACGAGCUCUGCUCCAGCUACUCCGAGUGCGUCUGCGACGAGAACUGUGGGAAAGAAGCGCUGAACCUCUGGCUGCUCAAACAGGACGGACGAGACAAGAACGGCGUCCCCGCAGCCAAGAACGCCCCGCCCACGACCAAGAACGCCCCGUCCACUGCUAAGAACGCCCCGCCCACUGCUAAGAACGCCCCGCCCACCCUGCACCACAGAGAGCAGGAACAGAAGGUUCAGGCCAUCCUGGAGGCCUGGCUGCACCCCACCAACACCUCCUGCAGGACUCCUCUGCAGCCUCUCACCUCCUCUCUGUCCGGCUGGGUGGCUCCUGAGGAGGAGAAGGCCAGCAGGGAGGAGCACAGCUCCCAGUUCAAGCCUUCUUCCUCCUCCCUGUUCCAGCUCCCUCUGGAUCCAGACCUGUGGGUGCUUCCGGAGAAGACCUCCGCUCCUGCUCCGGGGUCAGCAGGUCAGCCCCGUCCAGCCGAGGAGGAGGAGGAGGACAAAUGGCUGCUGAAGAAGAGGAGUCAGGCUCAGGAGCGGCUGGCGUUGCCUUCAGUCUGUGACCUGUUCUCCUGUAUGAAAGUGGGCGGAGACAAAGAGAAAUGGCUGCACAAGGCUCCCGUACAGAUGUGAUGAAGAUGAAGAUGAUGAUCUCUGAAGCAUCUGGAUAUUUCUUCUUCUUCUCUCCUCUCACCGUCACUUUAUCGCUGAUCAGCGCACAUGACAACAAAAUAAUCCACGCCGCCGCCUUCUUCCCGUGACAUCAUCACGCCACUCUCCUCCAAUCAGAAUUAUCGCCAAACUCCAAACGAGGGUGGAAGUUCAUCGUUGAACUUGGGGAUCCGUGUGUGUGUGUGAUGACAUAAUCUCAAGGUGUGGUUUAAACCUGAGGAAAAGCUAGUAAGGGGCCUUUGAGUUGAGAUUAGUUUGUGAUUCUCAUCUUUGUUCACCUCAGAUUCUGAUUUCUGGAGAUUAAUUGAUCAACAGAAAAGUCAUUUUCAAGCAAAAAUGCUGAAAAUUCUCCAGUUCCACCUCCAUAAACGUGGAUGUUUUCUGUUUUCUAUCGUUACAAAAUUAUUACUUUUGAGUUUUCGACAGUUGGUCGGAUAAAACGAGACAUUAAAGACCUCACUUUAGACUCACUUUAGACUCACUUUAGACUCACUUUAGACUCACUUUACACAUUUUAUGGUUUAUAAGCUAAAGGUUGUUUCUGCUUCAACCAGUUUGAUUUGAAUCAUUUCCCCUGAAAAUAUAAACUUAUUGAUUCACAGAAAAAAAACGUAAAGAUUACAAAUCUGAAGAUCAUUUUUUAGCAACAGAAAUGUUUAUUUCCUCUCAUGAUGAUCACAUUUAUCAUUAUUAUUAUUAUUAUUAUUAAUAAUAAUAA